AUGACCAUCGAGCGGCCUCUACCUUUGGAGCUUUUUCUCGUGAGCCGGCAACUGUCCAAGGAUGCUUCUGAAGUCCUCUAUUUAACAAACACCUUCCGGUUUGAGCCCGACUUGUCUUGCACCUUUAACAUGCUAAGCAAGAUACCAUCGGAGUCUCUGAAGCGGCUUAGAUAUGUGGAGUUCGGCUUCGACUGGUCAAAAGACUGGGACGCGAAUAAGUCCGAAUGGCGCCGUCUUCUUCGACUUAUGACUGACCAUUGCGGUCAUUCGAGGCUGUUCAUGAAAAUCACCGUCCAUGAGAUGGACCACGAGGCAGUCAGAAUGACGGAGGAAGACGAGGACAGGGACAGGUUCAUGAAAAUUUGCUAUGCGUCAUACGUUGAUAUUGUCCGCUAUAUCAAGGAGUCUGGCCUAGUGCUGCAAGACUUUCAUUUAUUCCUGCCAUUGUUCUGGGAUUUGGAACCUGUUCUGAGAUUUGGAACCUGUUCUGGAGAGAUACGUCAUGGGCCCAGAUUAUGA